UUCAUUAGGUAUGCCUUCACCAUAGUAAGGUUAGUAAAAACGCGUCUGGUUGUGUUUGACCAACAUGGCUGCGCCCUUGCGAAUGUCAUGAUGUUAACGUAGCCUAUCUAGACGUGUGUUUUUGUGUACGACAACCAACAUUUUAAACUGUAAACAGAUAAUAGUAAUAUAAUCAACCUUUCUAUGCAGUUGGCGGAUUAAUAAGUUUCGAUCAAUCAUGGUUCACCUGUCGUCUUUACUCUUGAAAAAAUACCACGGUGGGUAUGUGGUCAUCAGACUGGCACUAGGGGGCGCCACUAACAGACCCUUCUACCGUAUCGUGGCCGCCUAUAAUAAGAGGGCGAGAGACAGUAAAUAUAUCGAGCAGCUGGGAUCAUACGACCCUCUGCCGAACAUCUACAAUGAAAAACUGGUUGCCUUCAAUUAUGACAGAAUCAAAUACUGGAUUGGCUGUGGCGCCCAUCCCACUAAACCUGUGGCCAAACUUCUAGGAUUGGCUGGAUUUUUCCCACUACACCCAAUGACAAUAACAGAAGCAGAGCGGAGACGAAAAGCUGCUUUGACAGAAGAAAUUAAGACUGACAGUCAAGAUCAAGAGGAAAAGCAUGCAGAGAUGUAAAACGGAGUUUCACUAAAAAUGCUAAAUUUAGUGUUCAUGAUUUCUCAGUCGUUGCAAUGUAAUAUUGUACUUCUGUAACGGUGAGGUUUUGUUUCACAUGUUUUGUAAUAAUGUUUGGUUGUAAGCUUUAGAUCAGGUUAAAUUUCAGACAUUCAAAUAUUGUUUGAUGAAAGGGGGGGGGGCUUAUUCUUUUGAAGUGCAUUCUGUAAUCAUUAAACUGUCUGACACUGAAAUUGUUAUUCAUUGAGAACCAAUGAUGUGCUGAGAAAAUAAAUUAAUCAAUGAUCUGGUUUGGACCAUUUACAAUGAAAGUUGAAAUUUCCUUCCUUGUUUAACAUCAGAUAAACUGAUCAGAACCUAUAAAUGAUUACACACGAUUGUGUAACUCCUUUGAGGCAAGCAACUUAACAGAUGUAUUUUGCUACACCAUGUACUUGUAUUAGUCAUUGUUUAACAUUUGUCAGAGGCUCAAAUUAUCAGGAAUAGUUCACCCAAAAACACAAUUCUGUCAUCAUUUACUCACCCUCACACCAUCCCAGAUGCGUAUGACUUUCUUCUGCAGAAGAAAAAAUAAUAUUUUUAGGAGAAUAUUUCAGGAGACCAAAACAUUGAAGCUCAUAAAUGCACAUAAAGGUAGCAUAAAAGUAAUCCAUAAGAAUCCAGUGGUUAAAUCCAUGUCUUGGAUCAGGUCCUUUUUUACUAUAAAUCUCCACUAUCACUUCUACAUUCUUCUUUUGUUUUUGGCGAAUCACAUUCUUUGUUCAUAUCUCCACAUAAUGGGCAAGGAGGAGAAUUUAUAGCAAAAACGACUUAAAUAUUGAUCUGUUUCUCACCCACACCUAUCAUAUUGCUUCUGAAUACAUGGAUUAAACCACUGGGGUAUUAUGGAAUACUUUUAUGCUGCCUUUAUGUACUUUUGGAGCUUAAAAAUUUUGGUCAUCAUUCCAUUGCAUUACGAGGAGCUUUUUUGAGUGAACUAUUCCUUUAAACAGAAGGUUGGGGACUAAAAGGGGACACUAUUUUUGGCGCAGUUACUCAACUCAAUCGGGGUGGCAGAGGACAAGUCUCAGUUGCCUCCACUUCUUUUUUUUUUUUUUUUUUCCCCACCUCCACCCCCCCUCUUCGGAGGACAACUUUAUUAUUAUUAUUAUUAUUUUUAUUUUUGUUUUUAUUCCAGAAACUGUAAUAUCUUUUUUAAGUACAUACACAAUAUGUUAUAUUCGGAUUAACCAUAUACAAAUUGAUACACAUAACACUUUUUCCUUUUAAGGCAGAACAUAUAUCCCUUCCCUCCUACUAAGUGACAUAAUUAAUCAGCGGGGCCCAGAGAGAGUCGAAGUCAGCCGAUCAAAGUUUGUUAAAAGCAAGCAUGGACUCCAGACUGAUAUGAUCAGACAGGAGAUUUCUAUACUGGUUAAUGCUAAGAUUAUUUUUAGUUUUCCAAUUCAAAAGGAUAGUUUUCUUUGCAACAGAUAGUGUGGUGAGGACCAUGUGUGCUUUGUCGAUCUCCAUAUUAAUAUCAUUUAAAUCCCCUAAUAUACAUAGUUUUGGGCAAGUAGGUAUAUUACACUUAAGCCAUAUUGAUAAGUCCUCACAAACCUUAGUCCAGAAUCUUUGGACUGGUGUACAAAGCCACAAGGCAUGCAUGUAAUCGUCUGCUGUAUUACUUGUGCACUGCGUGCAAAUAUUUGAUUGAUUAAA